AUGUUGAAGGUGAAAGGUAGUGCAAUGCCGGGAGCCCUGUGUCUGCUGCCCUUCGCCGUCUACGCUUCAGAGGCUGCCGGCGGCGGAGAGCCGGACGCCCCUGCCUCGUCCCCGUUGAACCGGGACGAACUGUCCCUCUACUCCGCUCCCGGACAGAAACUUCGCUAUGUGGAGCCCGAGCCGGGUCAGCUGGAGAACAGUCUCGCCACCUUGAGGAAGUCGGCGGAACCCUACGCGGUUUGGUGUCAGGGCACUUACGCCAAAAUCCAACCCAGAGUUCGGAAGGUCGUGCAGCUGGGGGGUGACGCCUACGACUAUUUGCGGAACCCUCCGAAGGACUUCUACCCCCGGGCGGGAAUCAUCGGCUUCACUGGGGUCCUCGGGUUGUUUCUCGCCAGGGGCUCGAGGAUUAAGAGGCUCGUGUACCCGACCAGUCUGGUGGCCGUCAGCACCUCGCUCUACUACCCGGAGCAGGCGGCGGCCAUCGCCAAGUCCGCCGGAGACUCCGUGUACGAGUCCGCGGUGCGAAGCUACGCCGCCGCGGAGAAGGUGCUGAAGCCCAAAGGCAAAAAGGCCGCCGACUCAGAGACCAAGCCGUGA